AUGGAUCAGCUGCUGCACUACAAGGAGAAGAUCACCAAGCGCCUUGACCGCUACGAGAAGCUCAACGAGCUCGAGGCUCAGAUCGGCGUCGAGAAGUUCUACAUCUUCCUUGUGGGCGCCCUCGUUGCCGGUGUUCUCCUCUUCGUCAUCGGCGGCGCCAGCCUCAUCUCGAACCUCGUCGGCUUCAUCUACCCCGCGUACAUGUCGUUCAAGGCGCUCAACACGGACAACUCGAACGAUGACACGCAGUGGCUCACCUACUGGGUCGUGUACUCGGCCUUUAACCUCACGGAGCAGUUUACGGACAUCUUCCUCUCGUGGAUUCCGUUCUACUUCUUCCUCAAGAUCGCCUUCCUUGUCUACUGCUACCACCCGUCGACGCUCGGCGCCAACACGAUCUACCAGUCGCUCAUCAAGCCCAACUUGAUGCCCCAGGUCGAGAAGAUCGACGCCGCCUUGAAGAAGGCCACGGACGCCGCCAAGGAAGCCUCGGGCAAGAUCCAGUAA